UACCGUCGUUGCCGUCGUCACCUUUAAGGACCACCAUCACCUCUUCGAAUCUUAAGGACUAUUUCGAACUCAUCUCCCCCUCGUGAUCCUCCAGGACAAGUGUCGUCCGCGUGUGUCGUACUGUAACAGUACCAUCAAAACCCGAGAGUACCCUGUGAAAUGUUAUUUACCAUGGCCGUGCUAAUCAAAAGGUGCGGGAUUAUUUUGCCCGGAUUCAAAGCCACUUCCUCCUGUUUGACCGUCGUCCUCCUCAUCUGUUUGGAAACCGUGCUCCUGUGCACCGAGUCCACCUGCUCCAAAUCGUUCCACGUCCACUGGAAUACCACCAACAGCAUAUUUCGCAUAGAUAAUACCGACCACAUAAUCGACGUGAACAAAGGAAACGUCCAGUUCGAAUACGACCAGGUCAACAUCAUCUGCCCGGUCUACACGCCGGGCACCUUCGACGAGGACGCCGAGAAGUACAUCAUCUAUAACGUGUCCAAGGAGGAGUACGAGACCUGCAGGAUAACUAAUCCGAAUCCUCGCAUCAUCGCCAUCUGCGACAAGCCGCAUAAGCUGAUGUACUUCACGAUCACCUUCAGACCGUUCACGCCGCAGCCCGGCGGCCUGGAGUUCCAGCCAGGAAAGGACUAUUACUUCAUUUCUACUUCCUCUAAGGAGGACCUCCAUCGACGGAUUGGUGGUCGCUGCGACACGAACAACAUGAAGAUCGUGUUCAAGGUGUGCUGCGCCCCGGAGACCGGGAGUAACACCACCUCUAAAGCGGGCACAUCAACCACUGCCAUUAAUUGGCCCGUACGACCCUCAACUCGACCUACAACCACCACUACAACAACUCAGAUCGCUCGAACAGAAUCCACAUCCACUCGUAAACCUACAAAGAAAAUUGUCGAAUACGAGAAACAUCCCAACGAGGUGGUCAAGAAUGAGGAGUUGACCUAUUCCAAGGGAGUCUUGCUCUCGGCUGCCCCAUCCAGCUUCUUCAUCGUCGCUGUGUGUAUAGCAGUCAUUAGAUGGCGGUGAGCAAGAAACAGGGGACCGCCCCAGCAAUCUGCCAUCCAAUAUGUCGACACUUAUUUGUAAAAUAAUGUAAAUUAAUUUAUCGACGUCCGUCUCUAAACAAGUUUCCAAGUGACAUUUUUUUGUAUGAUUUUUCGAUUGUGUUAGUGAGUGCGUUUAGCGAACUUUGGCGGUCAACCCCUAUCCCCAAACCCCCCUAUGUUCUCUACAACAAGAAGCAAUGAAGAGGAAGAAGAAAAACAAGCAACCCCUCCCCCUUAAACAAACGCGCCCCGAAUUGCCCCCAGGCCCAAACACCUCCUCAAGCAAAAGAAAAAUUGAGAUGAAAAUAUAUAAAUUAUA